UUAGCCAGGGAAACACCCUGGUCUAUUAUAAAAAGGAACGAUGAGUAAGAAGCGAUUCACGUUCCUCUCGUCUUGGUAAUUAUAGUUUAGACCUAGACGCCUUUAAAGCUGUGGCUGCACUGUUUUGCCUGCCUUUUUCGAAGCGACUCCCAGGGUAUGUACUGUAUUUCACUACUUUGAUCUUCUAAUCUUCCGUCACCUUUUCGAUUCUCUGUUCGUUUUGUCAAACGUGGUAACUACUGAAAGCAAAUAAACUAUUAAGAAUUCUCUCUCAGUAGUUUAUUUUGGUUUAAUUGUUUGAGUUGCAAGUUUGUGUGUUUAGGAUCAAUCUUCAAGAUCAAAUGGAGUGUGACCGUACUUUGUCACCGUCUCUAUUAAACCGACUUUCAUACGAUUUACGUUUUUCCUAUUUUCAUGCUUUGACUUUAUUUACAUUCUUUAGUUUUUACUUUUCCAUAAGUCUUUUACUUUUAGGAUUUUUAACGCCAUUAUAUAAGGCAUAGUCUCGAUGACUUUAAUAAUAAGAAUCAAGUUUUAAAAUCAUCUCUAUCUCUUAUUACUUUCUGCACAAGGAACACAAUUAUCAUCAACGUUCUUAGGUUCUCUGAGCUGAUCCUCUUCUUUAGUGGUCAUCUCUAAGAUCUUUGAAUACCCUUCCUUCUAACCUGCAAGUAGGGUUACUAGUUUGGGACUUCUACUCGGAUAUCCUAUCUCAUGGAGAAACAAUCUGACAAGAAGAUUACUUGGAUGAUUAAAACUUUCUCCUCUUUGCAAUCCGAGAUAGUCCAGUCUGAUAUAGUCGUGGUGGGUCGCUGCAGAUGGCGUCUAAAGGCAUACCCCAAAGGAGAUAAUAAGGCUUAUCAUUUCUCUCUGUAUCUCGGCGUUGCUGAUUCUGAAUAUUUGCCUCUUGGAUGGAGAAGGCACGCUAAAUUUUCCCUUACCGUAGUAAAUCAGUUUACGGAAAAACUGUCCCAACUUGGAGAGACGCAACAGUGGUUUGAUAAGACAAAUCCUGUCUGGGGGUUUUCAGAAAUGAUUUCCCUUGACGAACUUCAUGACAAAGAAGGAUUUCUAGUUAAUGGAGAAGUAAAAAUUGUUGUGAAGGUUGAUGUUCUUGAAGUUCAAGGUAAAGUAGAUGUAUCAGAGGAAUCUUCACCAGUAAUGGAAACCAUAGAUGUCAAUGGGUUUCAAGUCCUUCCUUGGCAGGUAGAAUCUGUGAACCGUAUGUUUGAAAAACACCAAGAUAUUGCAUCAAACUUUCGUCCAAAGAAUCCAUAUCUAAAGACGGCGUACAUGAAUGUCCUCCUAAGCUUAACCCAGACGAUAUGUCAUUCGCCUUGGGAAAUCUCCAAUGAUGAUCUGGCAGAGGAAUAUGCUGCUCUAUCAUACUUGACAGCUGAGGGGUUUCAGUUGGAUUGGUUGGGGAAGAAACUUGAUGAAGUUAAGGAAAAGAAGCAGAAAGAAAAAGCUUGUUUGGCUCAGCUUCAAGAACUGGAGGAAGAACUAAAGCCAUUGAAGCGGAAGUAUUCAGAAAUGGAAGCUCAAAUGGACAAGGUGAAGGCUGAGUUAUCUGCAGCUAAAUAUCCUGUCUCCGUGUACAAUUAAGAUGUUGUCUGAAGAUUUGAGUUCUUAGGGUACUUGGAUUUAAAUUCUCGUAGGUGUUCCGGUUUGUUUGCUUGCAUCU